AUGUUGAGGGCCAGGAGCACAUCUGCCGCCGCGGGGGGGCUGUCGGUAAUUCAGCAGCACGACGUUGGAAACCUGAGCCAAACCGGCUGGCUCAACAAGCCAUUCAGCAGCCAGGGGAUCAAAUUGCUUCUCGCCCCAGCAAGGCCCGCAAGCACUACCACACCUGCAGCAGCAGCCAGUCGCCAGUCUACCCACGCAGACGUCGUGGGGCCAUAUAUCGAUAAGCCUCCCGCCCUAGGCAACGAUGGUCAAACUGCCGCAGGAAUCAAAGGGGAGGGGAAAGCGACCCUAUUGACGGAGCAGCAAGGGCACGAGGAAGCUGAAAGAUCGAGCCCAAAAGCCGUGCUCUUGGAGUUCGCGACUCUCCUCCUCGAGAUCUGGCACCACCGGCCCCUGGAGAUGUGGUUGGCCAAGGUUGGAAUGGCGGGUGUUGACGCCUCUCGGCUAGAGAGCCGGCACAUGGCCGCGAUCCGCUGGCUCGAAAUGACGUCGGAGUGACUGUCGCCGCACCACCUCACCGUCGUGGAGCAGUGCCUGGCCAUCUGCUCCGGCAGUCUGCGUGCUUGGGAGGAGGACGAGUUUCAGAGACAAUUUUGUGAGAAGACUAUUCGGCCGCUCCAAGAGAGCUGCAAAGCAUGGCUGCCGUCGGCUUGUUAUUGAUCAGUGGUGAACAACGAUCGCGUCUUGUUGGGAGGAAACCCCGCAUACUUGGGCACGAGCGAGGAAGGGAUCUGUCUGAGGGAGGUGGAGCGGGCCAUGUUUAUGUAUACUAGUUGCCCAGUCAUAAG